GCCGCUGAGGUCUCACGGACUGUUACUUUGUUAUCAAAGCCAGUUCGUCGCUAUUAUCACAAGUUGGCUAUCAAGCUAGGAUAACGACAAAUUACAGAGCCUAUUUUGCAUAUAAUUCCAGUCGGAAUGACAUCCAACGAUCGACAAAUGUGGUCUAAUGCAUAAUGAUGCUCAACCUUUUGUGACAUAGAAAUUCUGACGCACCUUUUUUAACAAUUAAUUAGCCAGUCAGUAUUUCCAUGAACGAGUCACCUCAUUUGAUCCGGCUACAAAGCAAUUAACCAGCGGGAAGGUUUCUUCAUGGAAAAAUCAAAAAGACGAAAAGCUGUUAUCAAGAUUUCCGAUGAAGGUUUCAAAGAUGGACCUCAGAGAAGUCGACACCUCGCAAAACUGAACAGCUAGCCGUGUCAAGAAAGAUGUUCACUUUAUUUUCUUUUUUGGUAUUUUAAUUCGGUUCAACAUUCUAUUUACUUAGCAUACAUUAGCUAAUACAGAGAAAAAUUUAAUUUAAGGUGUUGGCGACGUCAAAUUCAAUUGUGAAAGACUGAAGGAAACUUUUUUUCAGCAGGACAAAAGCUAGUAGUUAAGAAAAAAAAUCCUCGAACUUAUUUGACUGAAAUUUGCAAAAAAAAAUCAAUCGGCCACUCUCAUUAAAAUGCUGAUUGCCGUUCGCUACAAAAACCCGACAUUGCUUUUGUUUAUAAUAAUUCUGUACCGUUUGAUUGACUGCUUUCGUAAUUGGCGCCCUGUCAAGACGCACCUGGUGCGCAAAUCCCUCAGCCAAUCAUCGGCCAUGUUUUGAUGUCCUCUUGUAUUUCUGGCACAAUCAUCCGAUCGAGUCCUCAAGAAAUUUACAUAUGAUAUAUACCUUUCAACAAAUGAAAGUUUUAAGAACUCAGUGCUGCGACGCCCAGUAUUAGAAAUGUGUUCACACUUCACUGCACGUGUCUUUUAGCUUAUUCGUUUCGCUAGUAACGGAAAUUUUUCCCAGUGCAUCACUAGAUAAACCUUAGCUAACGAAAGUGUUGAUAAGCAAUGUGCAACAUGAACCGGUGCGCUGUGGCUUUCCUUACAAUCAUUGCGUUUCUCGUCUUCGCUGGGGCAGCUGUUUUCUUCUACUUUGGCCAGUACGCAGAUGAAAGCAUUCUGGAUUUCUACAUUUACAAUCGCACGUUACAGAUCUUUCAAAGGUAUCCCGUAGAAAUAACCCCCGCGGAAUGGACAUUUUGGACAUGGAGCGCUGUCCUUGGAUGGCAGCUCCUUUGGCUGUUCUAUGCUCUAAUUUUGAUGUGUCGGCGGCACGGCCCAAAGGUCCUAACUCCAUUCUUCUUUGUGUUUACCCUGCUAGCGUUUGGCUUUACUCUUGGAUGGGUCAUGAUGUGGGGUGAAGAUCUCAUUCACAUUGCUCUGGGAUUCAUUGGUGGUACAGCCGCCUCAUUGUUCGUCGCUUUAGCGAUCGUCUACAAUCGAUUUAAUAACCUCCGUGACGGAAUGAAAAAAUUUCCCACCGGCGACCAGAUCGCGAUGGAAGUGCUUGUUAUUAACGGAAUAGGCAUGUACGCGUCUUGGGCGCUGUACAACUCCUUCCAACAAACCGCAAUUGUUUUGAAGUACACAGCUGAAGUGGAAGAUGAGAUUGCCUGCACUAUAGUCCUCGCUGGACUCGGGUCGACCAUUCUCUUUUGGUUCUGUUUGGAUAAUUUUGUGUUCUGGAAGUUCACGUUGUACACCUUUACGCCCUACGCACCAAUGAUUGUCGGCUUCACGGGAACUUUCAUGGAGUUCUGGGACGAACACAAGAGAAAUUCGAUUUUCAAUGCCGCCCUACUGGGAACUACGUCGUUGUUUUUACUGCUAAAAAUCGUGCAUAUCAUAUGGAGGAGCCGUAGGGAUAGCAAGAAAAGUCGACGACAUGUUCUAACCGACGAAGAGGAGUUUAAGCUAUAGGCGUUUUUCCCACAGACGUGCAGGUGUUACGAAAUUUCUCGUUACAGGGAAAAUGCAGGAAGCAAGAAAAGAAAAGUGACUUGGUAUACAAAACGGAUUGCGUGAAGACUCGUGUGCUGAGUGAAUUUGAAUUUUAUUCAUUCGUUUACCAUAAGACGAAAAAAUUAAGCAAUUUUUUUAGUCGUUCAAUUGUUAAUUCGACGAUUAAGUCCCAUGGGCCAUCAAAUGCUCUACAUUUCGAAAUAUUUUUUUUAUUCAUGUGUUGUGCGGUGGACAAACUGUCGAGAUUUUGUCGAGAGGUUGAAGCGAAAGUACCGCUAAAUAUUUUGACCCGUCGAUUUUUUGCGGGUUGUGUGCUAUUCGUUUGUUGACUUUAUUAAAAUGGCAAUCUAAAGAACUUUUUUCGCUAACACAGCGAGUAUUUUGCGUCUAAGUUACGCUAGAAUGCGCAUAUGUAAAUCUCGUAAAGUAUAUUUUAACAUGUAAAUACGCGAUAGAGAAGGAUCUGAAGGUUUCUGGUAAAUCCACUCCCAUACGCAUAGGAUUUAAAUAAUUGCAUAUGAAUGGAAUAAUGUGAUUGUAAAUGAGAAUAACAAAUCGAGGCGCCCUCGGCUUGUAAGCUUAUCGAGUCAAAACUGACCUUAUGAAUGUAGUGAAUUCUCCAAAAAAAUGUUUCAAGAAUUGUGUCAUUAAAGAUAACCGCUAGAACACGA